AUGAAGAUUUCGAAAAUUGCUACUCUGUUCACCUGGCUCCUUGUCAGCGUGCAAGCCGCCCCCAUCAAAGACACUACUGAGAUAAUCGAUGGUGGUGAAUUCACUUCGUCGGCCAGCAUCUGGGCUAGCUACGGUUACGACGACAAGAAGAAACGUGACGACUCUACCGAACUCAUCGAUGGCGGCGAGUUUACGUCGACGGCAGCCAUUUGGGCAAGCUACGGCUACGAUGAUUGA